ACCAGAUUCACUCACAAGGCUUUGGUCGCCCGAGUCUAUAGCAGAAGUCACUCGCUCAAGGUGCCACGCAGUGGGACUGAACCCGGAACCAUGUGCUUGGUUCGCAAGCUACUUAACGCACCGCCAACCCCGCCUCUAUUUCGAGAGUCAUCUCCACUUACUUGCCAUCUCCUAUUCCAACUUAAAUCUACUUCCGGCAUCAGUAAAUUUGAAAUUAAUUUGGACCCGGAUCCGGUGCAACCGUUUCAAACUAAACUGAGAAGACAUGGACUCAAUCUAUAAUAAAAUUUGUAAUAAUGAUGUGGAAGGAUUGAAAAUCUUACUUGAGGAGGAGCCAGGCAAAAUUAAUAAACCUAUUGAUGGAGAUGGAACAACUCCUUUAAUCUUUGCCUCUCAAGUGGGCGCCGAUAGAAGAAUCAUCGACAUUUUGAUAAAAGCUGGUGCGAAGUUGGGAGCGAAAGACGGAUUGAGUGGUUGGACAGCUUUGCAUUGGGCUGUGAGGAGGAAUCACCUUCAAGCAGUGGAGAUAUUAUUAUCUCGGGGAAGUGAGGUUAAUCCUCGAGAUGAAGGUGGUCGAACACCGCUGCACUUCGCCUGUUGGUGGGGAUCCUUGCACACUGUCGAUCUUUUGUUGGGUCACAAUGGCAUUGAAGCCAAUGUGAUUAACAACGAUGGAGACACACCACUGCAUAAGGCAGUUCAGCACCAACACUAUAAAGUGGUGUGUGCGAUGCUGAAGCAGGAUUCGGUGAAUUUAGAAAUUGUGAACAAAAAAUAUAGGACACCAUUGCUUGAAGCUGUCUCGGACGGUCACCUCGGAAUAAUGCAGCGGCUGAUAGCCAGGGGCACGAAUGUAAAUGUUGUUGAACAUGGAGGAAAUAAUUGCCUGCAUCUGGCGUUAAAAAGAAAAAACAACUUUCAUUCUGAGGUGGAGCACAUGACCAUGUUAGAUCAGGUAAGUUUUCACAUUGUUUGUGACUAUGUGUGUGUGUGUGUGUGUGUGUGUGUGCAUUUGUGCGUCUGUGUGUGUGUGUUUGUGUGUGUGUGCGUGUGUGUGUGCAUUUGUGCGUCUGUGUGUGUGUAAAAUAGACAAACUGACAGAGAAAGACAGACAGAAACAGACAUUGUUUAUAUCGCAAUUCUCACCUACCAACCCCAUCCUCCAUUACCAUUUCCUGAUCCAGUCACAAUGGUAACCCUUAGUUAUAUUAUUAUGUAACAAACACUAUUCUCUAUCCGUCCCCUUCCGUCCUCAAAGGCACGACCUCUCCAUGGUAGAGAAGGUGAUCCAUCUCGAAUGUUGGCCAUACAAACACGGUCAUCAAAAUUUGAAGGAGAAAUGAUCUAUUCAAGACAGGAGAUAUUAUUCUGAAUUAACAAUGAUACUGGGUAGAAGAGAGGUUCAUAUGAUAGACAGUAACAUUUAUAGUGCUGGUGCCAUGAUAAUAAAUACAUCUUGUCCAUUCCAUGAAGAAUUCUGCCUGAAACAGCUCUCUGUCACAUUUCUUUUAUAUAAU